AUGGCAAAGAUGAGAAUGAAUUCUUCUUCGUCUUCAAAAACAACAACAUCAAAAUGGAUCAUCUCUCUCCUCUUCUGUUGUCUGUGUAUCAUUUAUUCCAUUCAUGGAGCAACUUUUAAAUCAUCUGCCACACCUUCUCUCAAUCGUAAAGUUUAUGGAUUUGGUUCCAAUGCGAAUGGUCAACUUUCACAAAAAGAUUAUUCUUCACCUUCUCUUGUUGAUUCUUUGAAAUCAUCCACUGUUUCACUUCAAUGUAUUCAACAAUUAGAUGAUGGUAGUUCAAGUGGUGUUCGAGUGUUUAUGGUGGUGAGUGGCGGUGGUGUGAAUGGUGGUGACGCUCUCUAUGGUUUUGGAUCGAGUAAUGGUGUGAAUUAUUUAUUGGGAUUGAAUACUACUCAAAGUUUUAAGACUCCACAAUUGAUUGGUUCAUAUUCGAGUGCUAUUCGAAGUUUGGCAUGUGGUGCUGAACAUGUUUUGUUUGUGUUGAAUAAUACAGCAAGAGAUGUUUAUGGAUUUGGUAACAACAAUUAUGAACAAUUGGGUUAUGGAUUUUCCUCACUUAGUGUUCCUACUCUCUUACCAAACGCUGCUCUUCAAAACAUUAAUGUCGAUAAGGUCUUUGCAGUUUAUUAUUCAUCCUUUGUCACUGAAGACACCACCAACAAUCUCUAUGGUUGGGGAGAUAAUACUUUUGCAAUGAUGGGAUUUAUUGGAAGUCAAAUCAUCAUUUCAAAUAUAACACUCUUGUCUGGACCACAAACAGGUAACAAAUACACGAGUGUGAAAAAAGUGGUUGGAUAUGGUCGUUCACUUUUUGUUCUCACUACCAAUGGACAAGUAUUUGCUUCUGGAUCUAAUGAUCAAGGUGUAUUGGGUGUCAAUAGUACGACCUUCCAAAUUCCAACUCCAACUCUUUUGGCUGGUGUCACUGCUCCUGUUUUGGAUAUUUCCAUUUAUAGACAAGGUGUAUUGGCCACAACCAAUGAUGGAUCUGUUUAUUAUUGGGGAAAUAAUGACAUGAAUGCAUUGUGUACCACUCAGACUCCAAUGAGUUCAAUUCUUCCUGUGAAAAUCGAUGCAUCUCAAUUUACACCUGCCUUGACUCAAAACAUUGUACAAAUUUCUCUCUCGUAUCAACAUGCCAUGUUGUUGGCUCAAGAUCAACAAACCAUUUAUGUCUGUGGAGAUAACUCUGAAGGACAACUUGGAAUCUCUCCUUUCGUUUCUACUGUGAAUGGAGCCAAGUUCAGUAACAAUACCACACCAGCCAGCAAAUCAGUGGCUUCUAUUCUCACUGCUGCUACUAAGAAUUCAUUUGUCUUGACCACUGAUGGUAAACUGUACACAAUGGGAACUAUUUCUGGAAGUGGUGACACUGUUUACUAUACGAGUCCAUCUCUCCUUAAAAAUAUUCCAACAAGUGUUCAAUUGGAACAUGUUUACACAUCGGCAGGAUUUGUGUUUGCUACUGAACAUGACACUGGUCGAACAUGGGCAUGGGGUAAAAAUAGAUCUCCCUAUAACUUUAUUAAUCCAAUCAUGAAUAUUGAUCAAUUCACACCUCGAGUGAUUCCUGAAUUGAAUGGAGUGAAUGUGACAUUUAUUUCGAUUGGUUAUGGUGUAGUCAGUUCUACAACUCAUUCCACAGUUCUCUUUUUAUCCAAUGACACUCUUUCUGUGUAUGCAAUGGGAUCCAAUGCUUUUGGACAAUUUGGUAAUAAUAACAAGACGAAUUCCAUUCAAUUGAUUCCAACUCGUAAUCAAUAUGAAAAUGGAACGGUCAUUAUUGAUAGUAUUAAUUGUGGAGCUAUUCACACAGUGAUGAGAGCUAAAAGAAAAUCCUACACAGUUGAUCAAUACGAUUUGUUUGUCAUGGGUGGUAACAGUAGAGGUCAAAUUGGUUUAUUCAAUUUUGAUGAUAUUCGUACCACUCCAUUGCGUACUUCUCAACAAAAUAUUAAGCAAGUGACUACUGGUGAGUUCCAUACCAUUACUGUGAAUAUUGAAACGAGAGGUGGAGGUGGAAGUGGUGUGAAAACUUACAUUACAAAACCUUAUGCUGCUGGUGACAACUCGUAUGGUCAAAUUGGUUUGAAUGCAUUGCAACAAGUGAGUUCAUUCCGUGAAGUUGGAAAUCUCGAACAAACAUCGAAUGGUGUCUUUUAUAAUAUUACACAAAUUGAUGCUGUUUACACGGGUGGUAGAUCUACUUUUAUUCUCACAGCAAAUGGAACCUAUGUGACAGGUGACAAUACCUAUGGACAACUUGGUUUUGAUCCAUCUGUGAAUGGAACGAAAUUCAUUGUUCCAGUUCUCAAUCCUAAUCUUCCAUCCAAUAUUAUCAAGAUUGCAAUUUCAAGACCAACUGGUGGACAUGUCGCCAUUCUCACUUCCAAUGGUGCUGUCUAUGUGAUGGGUCAAAAUGACAAGGGACAAUUGGGAUUGGGUCACACCAACAAUGUCUUCUCUCCAACUCUUCUUUCAGUUCCAAAUAAUGAACAAGUGAUUGAUGUGAGCACUGGUGAUGAUUUCACAUUAAUCAUUACAGGUAACAAACCAUGUCCAGGUGAUUGUAAUUAUAAGGGUGUUUGUAAUUAUGUCUCUGGUUUCUGUAGCUGUGCUUCUGGAUUCACUGGAUAUGAUUGUAAUUUGUUUGAUUGUGUAGAUCCAAAAUGUAAUGGACAUGGUACAUGUGACACUUCGAUUGGUAUUUGUAAAUGUGACAGUGCUUAUUCUGGAAUUAGUUGUGAACGAAGAAAAUGUCCAAAUGAUUGUAAUGGAAAUGGUAUGUGUAAUACGAAGGAUGGUGUUUGUACCUGUUUUGCUGGUUUCACUUCCAAAGUGGAUUGUUCAACACCUGAUCGAGCUGGAAUAAGUGUUUUUGAUUGGCGAUCGUUUGUGACAUUGGUUGUCAUUGCCUUGUCUGUGGUGAUGCUUGUUGUGAAGAGAAUGUAA